UGCAGUCAAGCACAGAGCACACAGAAAUGUGACAUACAAAGUAGGAAGAUAUAAAGAGAGUAAAAGUCAAACGUAGUAGAACAAAAGUGUACCCGAUUCAUGGAUUUCUAAAGAUUUUUAACACUUUUUAACACAGUUGUGGCACGUCAGGCAUGUCCCGACAGGUGGUUCAGGUCCAGCCACGAAGCACCCAUCAGGAUGCAGGGCAGUGGAGCACUGGCCUGUGCGAAUGCUAUAAAGACAUGGGAGACUGCUGCUUUGCCCUGUGCUGCCUCCCAGUGUUUACCUGUAAGGUGACCAGUGCAGUCGGGGCAUGUCCCUGCUUGCCCCUGCUGGACUGUAUCGGCUGUGUACCUCCGGCUUCUUUGGCCAUGAGGGCUUCUGUCAGAGAACGAUACGGCAUAAAGGGGAGCGUGUGGAGCGAUUGCCUGUACGGAUGCUGCUGCUAUCCUCUAUCUUGGCUCCAGAUCUCCAGAGAGUUGAAGAGAAGAGCAGCAUCCCACGCCUCCUCCUCCUCCUCCUCCUCAGCCAGAUACACUGCCCUGACCUCCCUGCAGGGGGCGCACUUGGUCUAGACACGUCCAACAUUUUCUUUCCUCUGGCCUCUGCUGCCGCCUGUCCCUGCAGGGUACAGGAGUUGAUUUAAUCACACUUCCUCCGGUCUGCAGCCACUCCUUUUUACCUCAGAGAUUUCAGCGGGGACACAAUGUGUCCCACAGAAAGAAAAGUUAAGUCUGCACUAAAGUGACUCAUGUGUUGGAGCAGAGGGAAUUUGGCAUGCAAUGUUGAGUUACUGCGUAUUUCUUUUGGGAGGAUGGAUGAUACCACAGAUGAUGCCUUUAGUAAGCCUAUACAUUAACAUAGACAUAAAAUACAAACACAAUAAAACCUGCAUUUCAAAUUGUAAGUUUAACUUUGAAAGAGAACUUCUCAUGCUUCUCAACCUUCUGAAAUUGACAGU